AUGCCACUUCUUCAGAUUCAAGACGGAGAGAAUCCCAAUAGGGAGUUUGUGUACUUGGAUGACCUCCAAGGCCUGUCGCCACUUCACAACUUGGUGGUCACAGGAGCACCUUUGGAGAUGGUCCGUUUGGUCUAUCAAGCAGAUCCAGCAGCAAUGACGGAUGAUGUCUUCCGGGAUGCAUGUUAUCAUGGUCCGAGGCGUGAUGUCAUUGAGUUUCUCAAGGGCCGUGUAUAUAGUGGAUCCCAGCGUAAUGGAACCAAAAUCGAUUGCUCCAAUCAUGUUGCACAUACUUGA